AUGCCCCUCGACGAAGAAGGCGCCAAAUGGUCGUGCGAGCCAUGCAUUCGUGGUCAUCGGUCGUCCAAAUGUCAACACUUUGACAGAAUGAUGAUGAAAGUGCCAAAAGCUGGUCGACCUCUCGCCAGAUGCCCUCAUCCGAAGGGCACGUGUAGCUGUCAGAAAACAUGUGCUUUCAUGAUCCGCAUUCCAAAAGGUUCCGGUUGUUUGUGCAGACCAGUGUAUCAAGUGCCCGCAGAUGCUGCUGGGACUGUCUCCUCUCCGGCCGUCGGUUCAACGCCAGCGCCUUCGAAUGCACCCAUAAAAGUGCAGAAGCCUGGUAAACGGCAGAUCAAAACUGCGCCAGAAGCCUUGACCAAGGCACUCAGUUCUAUUCCGAUAUUUGCGAAUCAACUCACUGAGAGUGAAUUUCUCAAUCGCUCCGUCUCAUACCACCCCCAGGAUCUGGAAUCAAACAAAUCGUUUGUUGCAGCCAACCAAAACUCGGACGUGUUGAACGGCACUGGAGGAAACCCUGUCUCUGACAAUCCUUCCAGUUCUGACAAAACGAUACCUGAACCCAAGAGUUGUUGCACUCGUACGCCUCAGCCAAUUGCACCGCCGGCACCCGAAGUCCAGCGUUCUUGCUGUGCGAAGCCUAAAAUAGCCCCCCAAAGUGAAUGCUGUAAAGAGAUCAAAGCCGUAAAGUCGGUUGGAUCCCAAUCAUCAAGCUCCAGCGGAAACGCAACACCGUUUUCCUCCUUCUCCAACCACCAAGUCUCCAAUUGGCAUGACUCCCAAAUAACGAAGCAAGGUCAUACCUUGUCAUCAUCAUCUCUUUCUCAGAGCCACCAAGCAUUCUCAUCAAUCAUUCCUGACUAUUUGUCCCAUUACACCCCAUCUUCGUUGGAGAUGCCACUUCACGGGUCCUCCAACGACGCCGAGCUUUCUCAAGCGUUGAUGCAGCAGCCACAAUUCUCAGACUUGACGGGACAUUCCGACUUUUCGUCCGCGGCAGCAAACGAGGAUAAUGCCACUCAUGAAUGUUACUGUGGUGACAACUGUCAAUGUCUAGGCUGUGCUUCUCAUCCCUUCAACAACACCACCAGACAACAUGUACGAGAAAUGGGACUAUUGGUGGCCUUGAACGAUGGAGAACAAGGUUUGGAAAGCCCAAGUAGCCGUCAAAACUCUCCUUUGUUGGGUCAACAGCCGAUGUUUUCUCCGCUGCACUAUUCAUAUACCAAUUUCAGCCACCCAUCUGAUAAUCUUGUUCAACCAUUGGGAACGCAUCCCUUCGUCGACCAGUCUGCUACACCGGGCAGUCUCAGCGGUGGCUACACAACUCCUUCCACAAAUUACACAGCGAAUCAGCAUAUGAUGGAGCCCUCGGAGUACUAUACCCUUGAGUAUCCAAUAGGACUUCCGAGUGCUUGCUCAGACAUAACCGGUAGUUGCCAGUGCGGGAACGAUUGCACUUGCGAAGGCUGCCUCACGCACAGUGGACACAACGGUCUCGCAAUCGCUCCCUUGCCAUCCGAUGACCACCAAUGGGACAAUACCAAUCUCGCAAACCCCGCGGCUGAUGGAGCACUGUCUGGCACAUCCGAGAUGUCCGCGUUUGAACAUCUUUUUGCACCUUCACACUCCAUGCUUUGA